AUGAACAACGCGCAAGAUAUGUCGCCCGAUUUCGUGUUGAUGCGCCUGGUUUCCGCGGCCGAAGAUGACCGCCUGGACGCUGAAAACGGGAACCUGCCCGGAGGAGGAGUGGUGGUGGUGCCGGCGGGGCUGGGGAAGGAGCUGGGGAAGGAAGCCCUGGCGCUGGACAUCGGCCGGGACCCGGCGGCCGUAACCCUCGAGCGUCCCGCCGGACGCCUGAGCGACAAAGCCCGGCGUCCGGCGAGCGGCGAGCGCGCGCCCGCGCCGGACGCCCGGCCGGCCGAGGGGCCGAGGGCCGCGCGGACCGCCACCCCGCCGCCGCAGCGCGCCGUGGAGGCCCCGGGCUUCGACUUCGCCCCCGGCUCCGGCCUGCGGCCUCAGCUGCUCGUCUUCUCCAACAUCAUGCGCGGCGGGGACGGGAUCCUGGAGCUGGACCGGCUGAGUCAGCAGAAAGACGCGCCGGACCCGGGUCCCCGGUCCGGCCGCGCCGGCCCGGCCGUCAACAACAACAACAACGCAGGGGGGCUCCGGGACGCCGAAAGGCUGCAGCCGGGGGGGCAGAUUCAGCAGCAAAAGCAGCAGCAGGGGGGGCAGAGACAGCAGCUCCAGCUGCAGAACCGGCCCCCGGGUCCCAGCGGUUCCGUGCCCCCGGAGCUGCAGGGCCGGAUCCAGCCCCCCGGAUCCGACCCCCUGACCGUGCUGGACUCCAGGGAGGGCGCCGUGUUCGAGCUGGCCCGGAGGUUCGGCGAGCUGGGGGUGGACGCCGUGCCCAAGAUGCUGUUCAAGGCCGGCGCGCUCCCCAACUGCUCGUGCCAGGGCGCCCACGGGUCCGUCGGGGCCGGGGGGGAGCCCGGCGACGACCCCGCGGAGACCAGCGACGCCCUGCUGGUGCUGGAGGGCCUGGGCAGCGGGGACGUGGAGGGCCUGGGCGGCAUGGGCCAGGACGAGGCGGACGACGAGGACCGGCGCCACGAGUUCCUGCUCGACCGCAAACGGGAGAUAGUCAAGAAGAUGUCGGGGGCUUUCUCCAUCGGCGGCUUCCAGGUGGAGCUGAGGCGGCAGGUGGAGGAGGCGGACGCGGGAGGGGGCGGGGCGCACCUGGGCGCGCAGGUGUGCGGCUUCCACGGGGCCGUGCCCGGCCGCCCGCCCCCCUACGCCGGCUCCGGCCACUCGGAGGCCGCGGUCCACGCGCCGGCCAAGUUGACGACGCCCACCCAGAGCUCCCCCUGGGCCACCACCCCCAACCCCAGCCAGGCGUCGACCCCCCGGAGGCGCCCGGAGCGCUGCGCAAGCGCGCCCCGGACCCCCACGGGCCGGGCCGCGGGCGGGGAGAAGGCCUUCAAAGGUCCCGGGAAGUCCAAGAAGGGCUCGCUAAAGAUCCGACUGAGCAAACUGUUCCGGACUAAAAGCUGCAACGGCUCCAGUCACCUGCUGGAUAAGAGACCCUCGGUGUCGUACUCGGUGUCGUCUGCCGGGAGUCUGGUGGACAUGGCGGGUGCGUCGUGUCCCGAGCAGGAUCCUGACAGCCACAGCCAGGCCAGACUGACCAGGGCCCACAGUGCCUUUUCCCCUGCAUCCCUCUCUGCUUUCACUGGUGAGACUGUUUCUCUAGUGGACGUGGACAUCUCACGGCGAGGGACGAACACACCGCACCCCCCCACGCCCCCCGCUCCUCCACGCCGAAGUCUCAGUCUCUUAGAUGACAUAGCGGGUCCUCAGCCAGGGCCUUUUAUAGUGAGUGUUAUGGGUGCCUCUUUGCAGUCCCUUCCUUUGCCUCUCCCUCCUCCUCCUCUUCCCUCCCACGCCACCAUCCAGCAUAGUCUCAGCCUCAAUGACGCUUUCCUCCGAGCCCUUCCGCACUCGAACCCAUCGGCAGAUGACGCCCCGCCCCCGUCCAGACAGGCUCCGCCCCCAGUGCUGUGCGCCCUGCGGCGUGCGGCUGGUAUUGGGGUCCGAUGAACUGGGAAGAUGCGGAGAUGAAGCUGAAGGGGAAGCCAGACGGUUCCUUCCUGGUCAGAGACAGCUCGGACCCUCGAUACAUCCUGAGCCUCAGCUUCAGAUCCCAGGGUGUCACACAUCACACUCGCAUGGAGCACUACCGAGGGACAUUCAGCUUGUGGUGUCACCCCAAGUUUGAAGACCGCUGCCACUCUGUGGUGGAAUUCAUCGAGCGCGCCAUCAUGCACUCCAAGAACGGCAAAUUCCUCUACUUCCUCCGCUCCAGAGUCCCAGGGCUUCCACCCACUCCCGUUCAGCUGCUGUAUCCCGUGUCCCGCUUCAGCAAUGUGAAGUCUCUACAGCACCUCUGUCGCUUCUGCAUCCGACAGAUAGUCCGCAUCGACCACAUCCAAGAGCUUCCACUGCCCAGAUCUUUGAUCUCCUACCUGAGUAAAUUUUAUUACUACGACCCCGAGGAGGAGAUGUACCUUUCAAUCAAGAGCAUCCAGAAGGUGGUGGGAGCAGACCAGGAAGCCGAGUCGCAGACGUAGCAGCGAAGAUCUCCUAAGCUCAAGUUGCUUGCAAGAGGACAGGUCUGUACUGGUCAGCUUGUGGUCCGGCACCGGCCAGUCAGUGUCGUUUGGAGGAGCCAUCCAGUUGGACUGGGAUGGACUCUUACUCUGUGCUGAUUUGGAUUAAUUAAAGGAAGGCUGACUAUUCACAGUUGGAAAAACGGGGGGAAAAAUAUCAACGCGGGGGACAUGGAUUCAGUAACGUCCGAAGAUAGACUGCAGAGACGCUAUCAUCCGGGAACAUAUUUGCAGAGACUGGGAGCGUCGGAAUCGUCGAUUCGACCUCGUUCCCGAAACCUGCUGUACUUUUAAAAAACACAAUGCACUGAUCGGUUUGUACAAUUGUUCGUUUCUUAACAUUGCAUUGUCCUCCCCUUCGGUUCUAUCAAAAUGAAAGGGGCGAUUGAAAGAUGUCCACAGGAGCGAGGUGGCUCAGAAGAGGACCCUCCAGAGAAAAAACUGAAGCCCAAACUUGAACCUCUGAAUUGGCUGAGUCUGGUUUUUAUUUUUCUGUGAAUAAAACAAUGGCGAUUCUCUCUUUUGCUGACAUUUGUGUAACAUGGUGUGAUGCAGUUUGAUGAAAGAAACUCCUAAGUCCAAUUUUUAAGGCAUCAGACUCAUUAUGUAUCCAGUCUCUUGAGCAAGGCUGGUUACUUGCCGUCUAUUUUGUGUAUGUCAUUUGAUAAAUCAUAGAUUUAUAGAAAUCUUGGAGCAUUGAAGUAUAUCACCCAUAUUUUGUGCAGUUCUUCAUACACAUAAGGACGAGUUUGUAUUACUUUAACAAGGGAAGAAGACACCGGGAAGGCUGCAAAGAACAAUUAUUUUGUUACCAGGAUAUGAAACCUUUAUUUUAUUUAAUAACUGACUGAAUACAUCAUAUUUAAGAUAGUAAAGUCUUUGAAAAUGUCCUCAGAGAAAUCAGAAAUCAUCAUAAAUGACAAUUCAACCAUUAACAGCUCUUAAUCAAAGACAGUUUAGAGGAACUUUAAUUUACUGGGGUUAUUAUUCAUUUUUUGGCAUUCAUUUGGCAUAAAAGGAGCUAUUCACACUAGUUAUUAAAAUGUGAAAAUCCACAAACUCAUUUGGUCACUAUGUAAGUUCUAGGGCGUUUUAAAUUUGCAAAUUGAUGGAAACUUUCAAAAGUUCCUUUUCAGAGUUUCUCUCCACAAUAGAAAACUCUCUUAUCAGAGUUCACUCAGUAUAUUCAGUCUCAAAUAUAUUAUGGAAUUGGGUGGUUUAUGUUCAUAACUUUUUUUUUUUUCCUCCAAGAUGCCUCUAAAUACAUUUCAGCUGUAUCCUUUAAACUCCCGGAAAACACUAUCCACUCAUCAUUAUCUCGAUUACGUUAAGGCUCCAUUAAGAUCUACUGGUUAUUGUUGACAUAUCUCACUCUGAUCUGUUUCCUGCCCCUACUUGACAUUUACUUGUGAUCACGCCAAAGAAAGAACUCCACAGAAAUCCAAAUCACAAUAAAAACGGGGGAUUCUGAAAGUAUUUAAUAUGUUUAGGUUGGUUUCUCUUUUUGCCAGUGAGACAACAAUAUUGAAAAGCUUGUCUGAAAUUGCUAUUAGGUUUUUUUUAAAGGUUCAUUCUACUACCGAUGCCUCAUUUCUGUCACACCUCGCCCUGCCUUUCUGUGUAUAUCUUUCACAGCUGCUCCCGAGCUUUCUGCUUUCUUUUCUUGGAAUGGACAGGUGUGUUUUGUCCUUCUGAUUGCCCUGAUGCUGGCUUGGCCUCUGACUCACUGUUUUCAGUUUCGAAAAGAAGAAAAAAGGCAAAAUAAACUUUGGUGGUGAAUGGU